GUGCCUAGCCGCAUCCCACACUCGCCUAUAAAAAGCCGAUCUAGGACCAACUUUGUCACCAGUCGUGCCCACACCGUCGCGAACCCACAGCCACCAUGCGUUUCCUGAUCUUCGCCGUCCUCUUCGCCGUCGCGGCCGCCGCGCCUCAGUUCCAGCAGCAGGCCAAGCCCGUGUUCCGCAUCCUCAGCGACGAGCGCAACAUCGAGCCCUCCGGCCGCUACUUCUACAGCUACGAGACCGAGAACGGCAUCAAGGCCGAGGAGCAGGGCGACUUCGUCCAGGCCCGCCAGCAGGAGGCCGAGGGCUCCGCCGUCGUCAAGGGCUCCUACCAAUUCGUGGCCCCCGACGGCCAGCAGUACACCGUCCAGUACACCGCCGACGAGAACGGCUUCCACCCCGAGGGCGCCCACCUGCCCGUCGCACCCGUCGCCAUCCCCGAGGCCUUCCAGCAGCGUCUCCAGUAGACAUGUGUGUGUGUGCCUCAGAGUUUAGUGUGUUUGUGUGUGAAAGAGACAGAGAGAGGGAGAGAGAGAGAGAGAAAGACUCUCUCACAACCACGUUCAAGUACAAAAUCAUGCACCUGGAAGUAGGCCAUCCUUCUUCUUGUCAUGGGGGAUGGGCCUGUAAUGUGGGAAAAAAGUUACCUUUGUAAAAACCCAGUCAUAAUCUCGUUACCUGAUUUGAAAUAAAUAGAAUCUGAAUAUCAUUAUAAA